AUUGUUGGUUUUUUCCCCCCUCCCCUUGUCCUCCUUGGAAUGCACCGUAUGGAAAAGCCUUUUUGUUUUUCUGUGUAAUUUUACUUUCACUUUCGAGAUUGCAGUAAACUUGCCACACACAUUUCCCUGAUGAAAACAUCUGGAUUUUGGACUAAUGAAAAAAGGAACAGCCAGCAGCCAUCAGAAUAAGUAAAGAAUCAUGAGACAGAGUCUGCCUUAUCAUAUCUACUUCUUUGGGGGACUGUUGCCCUUUUGGAUUCUGUGCACACCCUCUACCAACAAAUGCACUGUUAGAGAUGCAAUGGCUGAUUGCAGUCACCUGAAGUUGACUCAAGUGCCUGAUGACCUCCCCACAAACAUAACAGUGUUGAAUCUUAGCCAUAAUCAACUCAAGAGGUUACCUCCUGCCAAUUUUACAAGAUAUAGCCAACUCACUAUACUGGAUGGAGGAUUUAACUCUAUCUCAAAACUGGAGCCAGAAUUGUGCCAAAACCUCCCCUUGUUGAAAGUUUUGAACCUCCAACACAAUGAGCUAUCUCAACUUUCUGAUAAAACCUUUGUCUUCUGCGUGAAUUUGACUGAACUCCAUCUGAAGUCCAACUCAAUCCAGAAAAUUAAAAAUAAUCCCUUUAAAAACCAGAAGAAUUUAGCCAAAUUAGAUUUGUCUCAUAAUGGUUUAUCAUCUACAAAAUUAGGAACUCAGCUCCAACUGGGAAAUCUCCAAGAGCUUCUAUUAUCAAAUAAUAAAAUUAAUGCACUGAGAGGUGAAGAACUUGAUUUCCUUGCCAAUUCCUCUUUAAAAAAAUUAGAGUUGUCAUCAAAUCAAAUUAAAGAGUUCUCUCCAGGGUGUUUUAAUGCGGUUGGAAAAUUAUUUGGUCUCUUUCUGAACAAUGUCCGACUGGGCCCCAGUCUCACAGAGAAGCUUUGUUUGGAAUUAUCAAACACAAGCAUUCAGAAUCUGUCUCUGAGCAACACCCAGCUGUACAGAACCAGCAAUACGACUUUCAUUGGACUAAAGCAGACAAAUCUCACCACGCUUGAUCUUUCCUAUAACAGCUUAAAUGUGAUUGAUGAUGGCUCCUUUGCUUGGCUUCCACAUCUAGAAUAUCUUAUUUUGGAGUAUAAUAAUAUAGAGCAUUUGUCUUCUCACUCCUUUUGUGGGCUUUCCAAUGUGAGACACCUGAAUUUAAAACGAUCUUUUAGUAAACAAAGUAUUUCUCUUGCUUCACUCCCCAAGAUUGAUGAUUUUUCCUUUCAGUGGCUAAAAUCUUUGGAGUACCUUAAUAUGGAAGAUAAUGAUAUUCCAGACAUAAAAAGCAAUAUGUUCACGGGACUGAUAAAUCUGAAAUACUUAAGUCUUUCCAACUCCUUCACAAGUUUGCGAACUUUAACAAAUGAAACAUUUUUGUCACUUGCUGGUUCUCCUUUACACACACUCAACCUAACCAAAAAUAAAAUCUCAAAAAUAGAGAGUGGUGCUUUCUCUUGGUUGGGCCACCUAAAGACACUUGACCUUGGCCUUAAUGAAAUUGGGCAAGAACUCACGGGCCAGGAAUGGAGAGGUCUAGAAAAUAUUUUUGAAAUCUAUCUUUCCUACAAUAAAUACCUACAACUGACUAGCAGCUCCUUUGCCUUGGUCCCAAGCCUUCAACGACUGAUGCUCCGAAGGGUGGCCCUUACAAAUGUGGAUAGCUCUCCUUCACCGUUCCACCCUCUUCAUAACUUGAUCAUUCUGGAUCUAAGCAACAACAAUAUAGCUAACAUAAAUGAUGAAAUGUUGGAGGGCCUCAAGAAACUAGAAAUUCUGGAUUUGCAGCAUAACAACCUAGCACGGCUCUGGAAACAUGCAAACCCUGGUGGUCCUGUUUAUUUUCUAAAGGGUCUUUCUCACCUCCACAUCCUUAACUUAGAGUCUAAUGGCUUUGAUGAGAUCCCAGCUGAGGUCUUCAAGGACUUAUCUGAACUAAAGAGCAUUGAUUUAGGAUUGAAUAAUUUAAACAUACUUCCACCAUCUGUCUUUGACAAUCAGGUAUCUCUAAAGUCAUUGAGUCUUCAGAAGAAUCUCAUAACGUCAGUUGAGAAGAAUGUUUUUGGACCAGCUUUCAAGAACCUGAGUAAUUUAGAUAUGCGCUUUAAUCCAUUCGAUUGUACGUGUGAAAGUAUUGCUUGGUUUGUUAGCUGGAUUAAUGAGACCCAUACCAACAUCUCUGAACUAUCAAGUCAUUACCUCUGUAAUACUCCCCCUCAAUACCAUGGGUUCCCAGUGAUGCUUUUUGAUAUAUCAGCCUGCAAAGACAGUGCCCCCUUUGAACUUCUUUUCAUAAUCAAUACUAGUAUCAUAUUGAUUUUUAUCUUUAUUGUACUGCUCAUACACUUUGAGGGCUGGAGGAUAUCUUUUUAUUGGAACGUUUCAGUGCACCGGGUCCUUGGUUUCAAAGAAAUAGACAGACAGCCAGAGCAGUAUGAAUAUACAGCAUAUAUUAUUCAUGCCCAAAAAGAUAGGGAUUGGGUCUGGGAACACUUCUCCCCGAUGGAAGAGAAAGAUCAAUCUCUCAAAUUUUGUCUGGAAGAAAGGGACUUUGAGGCAGGCAUCCUUGAACUCGAAGCAAUUGUUAAUAGCAUCAAAAAGAGUAGAAAAAUCAUUUUUAUUAUAACACAUCAUCUGUUGAAAGAUCCAUUAUGCAAAAGAUUCAAGGUACACCAUGCAGUUCAGCAAGCUAUUAAACGAAAUCUGGAUUCCAUUAUAUUGAUUUUUCUUGAGGAGAUUCAAGAUUAUAAAUUGAACCAUGCACUCCGUUUGAGAAGAGGAAUGUUUAAAUCUCACUGCAUCUUGAACUGGCCAGUUCAGAAAGAACGGAUAAACGCCUUUCAUCAUAAACUGCAGGUAGCACUUGGAUCCAGAAAUACAGUACAUUAGAUUUAUUUAAAGAUUAAAUUAGAAAAGGAGUAACUUUCCCAAUUUAAAAAGUUCCAUGGUACAUUUAAGUUUUCCUUGAAAGUAAUGAAAUCUGUUUAUUUAUAUUUAUAGGUAAUGGUAUUAUAUCACAAUUAUAUGUCUUCUACAGAAAUACGUCUCCCCAUUUCAGUCCUCUUAUUGACAAUUGACUUAAUUUGACCCAAAAUAAACAUGUAAGCAUAUAAGAACAUCCUCUACUAAUGAGUACGCAAUUGGUCACUGAGGCCUAUGGCAGCUUAAAAGAGAUUAAAAAUAUUUCUUAUUUAAAGAAAAGUUUUAGUUACAUGAGGGCUUGUGAUAAUCAUUUUCUGAAUACAUUUAUAGUAGAAUGAAUAAUAAUUGUUUUAAUGGGUAUAAUGCUACUUUAAUUGUAAAAGAGUAAACUAUUUAGCACAUUUAAAAAAAAUUAUAGUACUUUGUCAAUUGAAAAGCUCUGUAUUUUAGAUGUGCCUGUCCCAGUGAUGAUUUUUUCAAUGUUAAAUGCCUUUUUAAUAUGCAUACCAAAGGGCUGAAAACAUUUGCAAUUUGUUUUGAUUACUUAAUGAAAUAAAUAUUUUAAUAAAUGCUUACUUGCA